GUCGAGCAUAGAACGAUGCCGAUUAAAAAAGGGAAAAGGCCAAAGAAGGGCAAGGGAAAAGGGAAGAAAGAUAGCAAGCAAGAGUCCAAAAGGGAUACAGAGUCCGACAUUGAGAGGGCGAAAGCCAACGCGGCUCUGUGGGAGGCCAGGUAUGAUAUGACAGAGACUUCACGCGUUGAGUAUCAUGAAGCAGCUCGAAGACUGACCAAAACCAACGAGCAGCUCACAGAUCUACAGCACAAGACCGAGAAGCACACCAUUAAUGUCAUUGCUGUUCUAAGGGCAAAAGACCUGGAAAAUGAGGAUAAGAUUGCUGCAUUGGAACAACAAAUACAGCUUGAGAAAACAAGGGCCUCUCAAGAAAAAGCGAAUUUAAUCGCUGAGUAUACACUUAAGAUGGGUGAGCUAGAGAAGACGUUUAAGAAGAAAUCUAGUCAGUUCAGCAUGAUUGAAGAGGAUCUUAAGAUCAUCAGUGAGUUCCGUAAGAAGAAGCCCCAAAUGGAGCAAGAACUUAAAAAUAUGAAAGAAACUAUGGACAAUGUAGACCUGGAACAGAAGAGAAUGCUUGCAAGAAUGGAGCAAAAGUUCUUCAAUGAGAAGGUUCACCUUGAGAAAGAAGCCGAACAAAAGAUUGCUGUGCUUGCAGAGAGAGCCCACAAUGAAGCGAUUGUACAUCUGGAUAAUACUUCUCGCUCGGUGUUCAAGGAGAAUGUACGUUUAAAUAAGGCAUUAGGUUACCACAUCAAAGAAGUUGAGGAUCUGCGGAAGAGAAAUGCAAUGCUGGCUGUGGAAAACGACACCCUCACUCUGCAUGAGAAAAGGAGUCAGAUGAUUACGAAUGACACGGUAUCUCAGAUUAUGACCCAACGGAGCACAAUUUCGGAUCUCAAGACCAAGGUAUCCACCCUGGAGCAGGCCCUGGCCAGCAUGGUGGCAGAGUUUGAAUGGAAGAAGGCUGACAUCAAGCAGCUUGCUGUGGUCAGAACUCAAGCCAGCAGUGUAGAGCUGGAGAAACUCCAGAAGCUCUUGAGCAUACGGGAGAGGGAGCUGAGCCGAGUGAAAAGACUAGCACGCAGUGUAGUGGAGCAGCGCACAGACAUGGAGAUCCUCUUCCAUGAGGCUCUGAACCAACUGAAACAGGAGAUUCUAAUGGAAAGACAACAGCACAGACAGGAAGCAGAGGUAAAUCGUAGCAGGAGGAUGAAUGAGGUUCUAUUAGGUAGAAGGGAGUACGCUCACAUUCGAACUUUCAAAAAAACUCUCCACAAUACCAACAGCAUUUCUACAGGAAUGGAGGAGGCUGAGAAAAACAAUCUGAAGAAUCCCAAAGUGAAAAUAUUAGAAAUGACCUGGGAGCAAAGAGAGAGAGUGCUCAGACUGCUCUUUGCUAAAAUGAAUGGCAUGAAAUCCAAGAAAACAACACAAGCUCUAGCUUUGACAGAGUUGACAGAGUCUGAAGGGAACCAGAGUAGCAGUGAUCCAGGGAAUGCAGACGAGGAAUCUAUUGCAACCUUUUUAACCCAGGCACCAGUUUCCAAUAUGAGCUCCAGUACUAACUCCAGUGCUCUGCUAGACUUGUAGAUCACCUGACCUCAUCAUAGUAUCUCAAGAGAACCUCAAAAUCUCCCAGAUGAAAAUAUUACAAUUUUUUGGCAUUCAAAGGAUCUGUCCUACUUUAAUGAUGUAUAGACCAUUUCAAGUGACAUCUUUGUUCCAUGAACAGUUCCUUCUAGUUGUCAUAAUCAUUAACACAAUUAACGUUACUUAAAUUAACACGAUUGUCAUAAAAUGCCAGUAUUAGAAUGUGAACCAUGUGGUUUUUGUGGCUGGACGCUCCCUGGAUGCCUGGAACUAAUGGAAAUUAAAGUGUUUAGAUAUCCAAAAGAGCAACCGCAAAUGGAUUCAUGAUCCGCUGAAGUGAAGCUGGACUGCAGGAUACAUGCAAUAUUAAAGGAAUGUUCCUGGUUCAAUA